AUGGACGUUUCCGCUUUUCUGAAGGAGUUUAAGAGGGCGAGGAAGGAAUCUGGCGACAGCGUUCCUCUUGGUGGCGAAGAGAGCGCGGGUGCCGCAGGUAUAGCAAACGCAUUUUCACAAAACGCAACAACAAGUGGACGGAUUUUAUCUCCGGAUGACUCGGGGGAAAGUGAGCAGUGCAUCAGCGAUCGUGAAGCCGAAGAUGCGCCGCCUUCAUAUCUGAGAAGCAAGAGGCAACGGUAUGAUGCAUUUUGGCGGCGCACGCAAGAGGGAGGUUCGGGCCGUACACGCGAGUCUUUUACGGAGAUAAAAACGUACCGGACGAAUCAGUUUCUAAAGACGGACAGCAGCAUCCCCAAUGCGACAGUUCGGAGGGCAACUCACUCUAUUCCUUUACGAGUAGCAGCCAAGAGGGGUGGCGCGUCAACCGUUAAUAAACUACGUGAUGAGCUCUUGCGGAAAAAGAAUUCUCUCAAUCAAUCAUUGGUGGUGAGGGAGCAUACAGACAGUUGUUGUGCGGAUGAUUCUCGGGAGUGUGCAUUGAGCACAGGCGCUGAGGGAUUUCUUGUCUGUGUAGAUGAUCUUAUUGCCCCUGAGAACACGACUAUGGAUCAGUCUCCCUUUUUGGUUGAGGAUCAUGCGGCACAACUGCAAGCCAAAAAUGAGGGUGAUGUGGCCACAGCCACACCGAAAUAUUCCACGGAAGAGCAGCAGUCUUCUUCUCUUCCUCCUCCUCUUCCCCCUGUUGAGGUGGAAUUGUGCCAUGAGAAACCCAGGACUGAAAGAGUGAGUUUGUUCGCUCGAGCAAAGAUGUACUCUGGUGCGACUGCCCCUGUUGUGAAUAGGGAGUCAGAGGUCUUAAAUACGAGAAAGUUUUUGAAAUAA